AUGUGUCAGAUGACGGAACUGGUUUUAUUUCAGAUUACUGUUCUUGGAACUCCCGCAGAGGAGUCCGGCGGAGGAAAGAUCGACCUGAUCCAGGCAGGCGCCUUCGCUGACAUCGAUCUCGUCUUCAUGGCUCAUCCAGCUCAGCGGGAUGUUUCUUUCCUUCCCACUUAGGUUCUUUUAUAUAUGGUGGCAGUGAAGUAUCGUGGGAAAGCAUCUCAUGCCUCUGCAUACCCCUGGGAGGGGAUAAACGCUCUGGAUGCUGCCGUGCUGGCCUAUAACAACCUCUCUUUGCUCAGACAGCAGCUUAAACCUGAUUGGAGGCUUCAUGGCAUCAUCAAACAUGGAGGGGAGAAGCCCAACAUUAUCCCAGCCUAUUCUGAGUUAGAGUAUUUUUGGCGCACCCCUUUGCUCAGUGAACUAAACGAUCUGAAGGCCAAAGCCGAGGCUUGCUUCAGGGCAGCUGGAGAGGCAACGGGCUGCCAGGUGGAGAUAGACUACAUCAGGCAUCCUUACUUUAACAUUCUGCCCAAUUCCACUCUGGAAAACCUGUAUGAAAGCAAUGGAAAAGCUUUGGGAAUGGAGUUUCCCGAGCAGCCUGCCAAGUUCUCUGGGUCCACAGACUUUGGCAAUGUAUCAUUCGUGAUGCCUGGUAUCCAUCCUUUUUUCUACAUUGGCACUGACGCCUUGAACCACACAGAGGAGUACACUGAAGCAGCAGGAGCCGAAAAGGCCCAGUUGCACACCCUGAGGACAGCCAAGGCCUUAGCGAUGACAGCUGUGGACGUUGUGUGCUGCCCAGAACUGCUGCAGAGAGUCAGGGAUAAUUUCAGGCAGGCCAAACUGGAGCAGAAGUGACUGCAAAGCAAUAAUACAGCUCUAAAAGAUCUAAAAAUAUGAUGACC